GUAUAAUUAUAGUUUACACAUCCAUUGGUACAAUAUAUACGUCAAUAAUACGCAUGAUAAGUCCUACACUUAUUGUCUAGCUCCAACAUCGAAAGUUCGAACUUCGAAAGUGGUAGGCCCUAGACGACGAAGAUAGACGUUAGUGACAAUUCGUCAACGAACUCAGACUGCGAUAGUGCGGUCAGCUAUAUAUUAUUACAACACUGUGCGCAACAUUCAGAAUUUUCAAAUAUUACCUAUAAGUUAUAGUUAAUAAUUAAAUUAUAGGUACAAUACUACAUCACUACAUCAUAAAUUAAUUACUCUUACGACUCGUACAUUGUCGAUUGAAGUUCGCUCAAAUGUUGUGUGUGCGAGUAAGAAGUAUAUUGGCUUUCCAGUCUAGAACAGUUUGUUGUGUAGCUAUAAAAUCUCAUGGCUUAAUAUAUCCAAACAAUACAAACUUCACUGUUGCUAAACGCCAUGCUGUCACAGACUUCAUUGGUAUUAAUACUAAAAGUAAAAUUUCUGAAUUUAUCGACAGAUUUCAAAUAAUGAAUCCAUUAAAUAAGUUUAAAUACGAAGCAAAUAGUUGGAUUUUAUAUGAAAAAUUGGUUGAUCAAAUUCCCUUUGAUCAAAUCAUGAUAAAACUUGACUUACCAGAUACAUUUAAUUCUUGGUUUAUUAUAACAGAACUACAUUUAUGGAUGAUAUUUGUUCGUUUUAUGAAUGAAGGUACCCAAGGAACAAUGAUUAGAAAUUUUAUCAUGGAAGCAUUAUGGAAUGAUGUUGAGUUUCGUUCAAAAAAAUUAGCUACUGUAAGUGCAGAUGUUCGGCAUCGUCAAAUAAAGGAAUUAAGUGAUCAAUUACGAGGAGCAUUAGUAGGUUAUGAUGAAGGAUGGCUUAGUAAUGAUAUGGUCUUAGCCAACAUGGUAUGGCGUAGAAUAUUCAAUAAAGAAUGUAAUGACCCAGAAAAAAUUGAAUUAGUAGUGAAGUAUAUUAGAAAACAGAUGUCCAUUCUUCAAUUGCAAACAUUUGAUAGUUUAUUUACAAAAAAAGAUGUCAAAUGGAUAAAAUUUGUAUAGAAAUAUUGUAAAAAGAAAAACAGUGUAUAUUAUAUAUAAUAUUUUACCUAACAAAAUCAUAAAUUAUAUAUUUUUAACUAACAACAA